AUGUUAUUCAUGAAACAGUUGAUUGAUUCACGUUUUAUACCUCUUCCAAUAAUAAGCCCGCAUCACCAUAUGUUAUUUAUGAAACAGUUGAAAGAAAUCAAGCAACAAUCAGUACCCUACAGAGAUUAUUCUUCUUCAUUAUUGAUUCUCGCGCUGGGUUGUAUUCUGGCAUUCUCGCUGCACUCGCUUACACACUCACUUCUGUCGUGCUUAUCUCCGCUGCUUCAUCCUUGUCGAAUCCACGGCGCUGAUCGAAUGAGAUGCUUUCAAGCAUUUUCUUGAGC